AUGGGGAAGGCGGACAAGUAUGAUAUGUACUCGGUGGAAAUGGAGAAGCACUCCAGUGGGGAGAUGGAUGUGAAAAUCAAGUCGAAGAAGACCAAAGGAGCAAAGAAGAAGGAGAAGCUGGAAAAUAUGAAGAAAGAGAUGGUUGUGGAUGAUCACGAAUUGUCUGUGGAGGACUUGGAGCUGAAGUAUCGAACCAGUGUCACGAAGGGCUUGAACAGCACAGUAGCCGGGGAGAUCUUUCUUCGUGAUGGUCCCAAUGAGCUGAAGCCUCCCAAGGGUACUCCGGAGUAUGUGAAGUUUGCCCGUCAGCUGGCUGGAGGGCUGCAAUGCCUCAUGUGGGUGGCAGCUGCUAUCUGCCUCAUUGCCUUUGGCAUCCAAUGCGGGCAAGGGGAUCUUACUAGUGCAGACAAUCUCUACCUGGCAAUUGCCCUCAUUGCUGUGGUGGUUGUGACCGGCUGCUUUGGGUACUACCAAGAAUUCAAAAGUACCAACAUCAUUGCAAGCUUCAAGAAUCUAGUGCCACAGCAAGCCACAGUGAUUCGAGAUGGGGACAAGUUCCAGAUCAAUGCCAAUCAGCUAGUAGUAGGUGACCUGGUGGAGAUCAAAGGGGGAGACCGGGUGCCAGCAGACAUCAGGAUCAUCACUGCCCAAGGGUGCAAGGUAGAUAAUUCCUCUUUGACAGGAGAAUCAGAACCCCAAACAAGAGCCCCAGAAUGCACCCAUGAGAGUCCCUUGGAAACCAGGAACAUUGCCUUCUUCUCGACCAUGUGCUUAGAAGGCACAGCUACAGGCAUCAUCAUUAGCACUGGUGAUCGCACCAUCAUUGGACGUAUUGCUAGCUUGGCUUCAGGAGUAGAGAAUGAGAAAACGCCCAUUGCCAUUGAGAUCGAGCACUUUGUGGAUAUUAUUGCUGGCUUGGCAAUCUUUUUUGGUGCCACCUUCUUUGUUGUUGCUAUGGUGAUCGGCUACCCCUUCCUCAAAGCCAUGGUGUUCUUCAUGGCCAUUGUGGUGGCUUACGUCCCUGAGGGUCUUCUGGCAACGGUCACAGUGUGUCUUUCCCUCACAGCAAAGCGUUUGGCCAGGAAAAAUUGCGUAGUAAAGAACCUGGAGGCUGUAGAGACGCUGGGCUCGACUUCCGUCAUUUGCUCUGACAAAACUGGAACCCUUACACAGAACCGUAUGACAGUCUCCCAUCUUUGGUUCGACAACCACAUCCAUACAGCAGACACGACAGAAGACCAGUCAGGACAGAGUUUUGACCAGUCAUCAGAGACAUGGCGAGCUCUCUGCAAAGUGGUGAGCCUUUGUAAUCGGGCCUUCUUCAAGUCAGGCCAGGAUGAUGUACCCAUUCCAAAGAGGAUUGUGAUUGGAGAUGCCUCUGAGACUGCCCUCCUGAAAUUUUCUGAAAUCACCCUUGGCAAUGUGAUGGAGUACCGGGAGCGCUACAAAAAAGCCUGUGAGAUCCCCUUCAACUCUACCAACAAGUUCCAGCUCUCCAUCCAUGAGUUAGAAGACCCUCGAGACCAACGCUACUUGCUGGUGAUGAAAGGUGCUCCUGAGCGAAUUUUGGAACGCUGUUCCACCAUCAUGAUCAAGGGUCAAGAGUUACCCCUUGAUGAGCAAUGGAAGGAAGCUUUCCAAACAGCUUACAUGGACCUUGGUGGACUGGGAGAGCGUGUGCUUGGAUUCUGCCACAUUUACCUUCCCCAAAAUGAGUUCCCUCGUGGCUACAACUUUGACUGCGAUGAAAUGAACUUCCCCACCAGUGGGUUGUGCUUUGCAGGCCUCAUCUCCAUGAUCGAUCCACCUAGAGCCACGGUAUUCUUAAUCCUCUUGCAUCCUUCCACCUUCCAUUCCUAGGUCAUCAUGGUGACAGGAGACCAUCCCAUCACUGCCAAGGCCAUUGCUGCCAGUGUGGGCAUCAUCUCAGAGGGCAGUGAAACAGUUGAAGAUAUUGCUACUCGGCUACGUAUUCCUGUGGAACAAGUCAAUAAGAGGUAAGCAUCUAAACAUGUAGUNAAUGGGGGUCAGCUGAAAGACAUGGAGACUGAGGAGCUGGUGGAGAUCCUGAAGAUGCAUCCGGAGAUGGUCUUUGCUCGUACCUCUCCUCAGCAAAAACUCAUCAUUGUUGAAAGCUGUCAGAAAUUGGGUGCAAUUGUGGCUGUAACAGGAGAUGGGGUCAAUGAUUCCCCAGCAUUGAAGAAAGCCGAUAUCGGUGUGGCAAUGGGCAUUGCUGGCUCUGACGCAGCCAAGAAUGCAGCUGACAUGAUCUUGCUGGAUGACAAUUUUGCCUCUAUCGUCACUGGUGUUGAGCAGGGACGUCUCAUAUUUGACAAUCUCAAGAAAUCCAUUGCCUACACCUUGACCAAGAACAUCCCAGAACUGACACCAUACCUGAUCUACAUCACUGUCAGUGUGCCCCUUCCUCUUGGUUGCAUCACCAUCCUCUUUAUUGAACUCUGCACAGACAUUUUCCCUUCUGUGUCUUUGGCCUACGAGAAAGCAGAGAGUGACAUAAUGCACCUGAAGCCACGCAACCCGCGACGGGACCGCCUGGUCAAUGAAGCCCUGGCUGUGUAUUCCUACUUCCAGAUUGGAGCCAUCCAGUCAUUUGCAGGCUUCACGGACUACUUCACGGCCAUGGCCCAAGAGGGAUGGUACCCACUGAAGUGUGUGGGCCUUCGCGCUGACUGGGAGAAUGACCAUCUCCAAGAUGUCGAAGACAGCUAUGGGCAACAGUGGACAUUUGGGCAGCGCUUGUACCAGGAGUAUACGUGCUACACCGUCUUCUUCAUUAGUAUUGAGAUGUGCCAGAUUGCUGAUGUCCUCAUCCGUAAAACACGACGUCUUUCUGUCUUCCAGCAAGGAUUCUUCCGAAACAAAAUCCUGGUGAUUGCUAUUGUGUUCCAAAUUUGCCUGGGCUGCUUCCUCUGCUACUGCCCUGGUAUGCCCAAUAUCUUCAACUUCAUGCCCAUACGAUUCCAGUGGUGGCUAGUCCCCAUGCCCUUCGGCAUUCUCAUCUUUGUCUAUGAUGAAAUUAGAAAACUGGGAGUCCGAAGACAUCCUGGAAGUUGGUGGGACAAAGAACUCUACUACUAAAAUGUUAUGGACAAUGCAUUCCUUCCUGGUGUCAACAUUUCCCCAGGGCAAGAGGCAAGAAACAACAAGGAAUCAAGGAUGUGGCUCUGUCGUUGAUUUUCGGCCGUGUCCAGCUUGCUUCAUCUUUUACCUUUUUCAGAGAUAGCUUUAUUUAAAAAAACUGUUUUGAGAUUUUAGUGUGCAAAGGAGGAGGGGAAAUUAACAGGAUUCUGUGUCUGCUAAUGUAGCAGCCAAGUUGGUCCUGAUCACAGAAUUCUGCAUUAUGAGAAUGUCUAUGACUUAUAAAAAUAAUUAUUAAUAACCAAGUUAGUUAACUCAAGACAAAGAUUUAAAAAUUCAGCAAAAUGGAUGGGAGAGUGGACA